UUGCUGCAAUAUCUCUCUGCUAUUUGUUAAAUAUUUUUGGGCCGUAAUAUUAAUACAUCAUGCUGGGAACCGUACUAGAAAAUAUGAAUGGCCGCAGAUUAUACAUAUUUAUCAGUGUUCUUUUGUUGUGUCAAGUUUUGUGCUUUAUAAUUGGUGGACUCGUGGCACCUGCACCAUCUUCUGUGAUGUCCAUGUUAGGCACAAAAUGCAUUGACAAGAACUACAAGAACACUCAGUGGUACUGGAGUCGCGGGAAGCAGCCGUGCAAAAGCAUCGGUGACUUCGACAGCCCCAUUGUUCAGGAGCAGAAGAUUAGUGCCAAUGACAUUGUCUUCAGUUUCCAGAUUCCUCUUCCUAAAGAUGGUUACUCCCUGGACUAUUCACGUUGGCAACAGAACCUAAUUGCAAUGCUGCACCUGGAUAUCUUCUAUGACAAUGAGUAUGAAGUGGCCCCAGAUGCCGUGAUGACCCUAGAUGCUCGCUUGGGCUAUAGCAAUCGAGGUGAUCCGGAGGGGAAGUGGACAGAAUACGCCUCGUCAGUUGAGCAGCGGCAUUUAGACUGCUCCAUUGAACAGAAAAAGACAGGUUACAUGUAUAAUUGCUCUCAUGUGCCACUCUUUGAACUGGGAUCUCUGCACCAUGACUUCUAUCUCUUGAAUGUCCGACUGCCAGUGGGCAGCGUAGAUUCAUCCCAAAAAAAUGACAUGAAUAGAAACUUGGGCCACAUCAGUGACAUGUGGGUUUCGUUCAUCCACCAAAAUGGAGGCUUCACCAAAGUGUGGGUGUCCUUCAAGACCAUCUUCUUCCCAAUUAUUGUGGCCAUCAUGGUCUGGUUCUGGCGCCGCAUCUCGCAGCUUUCCCGUCCACCAGCACUCUUAGAGUACAUGCUGAUGGUGCUCGGUGCUGCUCUCACACUUCUGAAUUGUCCACUGGAGUACCUGACUUUAGCUUUCGACUGCCCUUGGAUGCUGUUGGUCAGUGAUGUAAUUCAGGGAAUUUUCUAUGCCUCCCUGAUGUCAUUCUGGCUAAUCUUUGUUGGAAAUCACUUUGUGGAUGCCAAGAAAUCCAAAUCCGACGGCAUUUGGUUCCCUGGCAUGGUUCCAGUCUUGGUAGGCUUGCUGCUGUUCUCUCCUAACUGGGUGCAUCUCGGAGGCCUCUUGAGGAACCCCUUCUAUUCCCAGUGGGCUAGAAGCACCUCGGCCGGUGCAAUCUUAGAAUGCAUUUUUGCAGGGGUCUACUUCUGUUAUAUUUCUUAUCUGAUGUGGAAGGCGUUCACAGACAUCGGAUUGAAAUAUCAGUCAUUGUCGAAUCAAGAUCGAUCUAAAAACAUAAGUGCCCUUAAACGCUACAAGUCCAUGAUGGUAGUAACUCUUAUAUGUGUGGUACUUACCGUCAUUUACUUCGUCCUUCGAAAGGUCUCGGAGCUACAGUGGUUCUGGGAAAUCGAACUGAAAUAUACAAGCAGUUUCUUCACUGGGGUUUAUGGCACGUGGAACAUCUACACCUUUGCCCUGCUUUGCCUCUAUGCCCCUUCGAAUUAGCCACAGGGGAAAAAAGGGGGGUUUGUGUAAGGGGUUUUUGGUUUUUAGAUGCGUAUUUAGGGAUGAUUGCAACCUGAUAGGAGAAGAAAGAGUAGAGGAAGAGGUAAAGGAUGGGGUAUAAGGAACAGGAAAGCAAGAAAGACUAGAAGAGAGCAGAUAGAUGGAUGAAUAGACUUGUCGAUAGAUGGAUAGAGAGAUAGCAAGGUGGUUAGAGAAACAAUGAUGGAGCAGAAAUCAUUGCACUUGUAUACAGUGUUUAAUAACAGGGUAAGAUCACUGGUGACUUCUUUGAAACUAUCACUUUGUGUUGAAUCAGUCUGGAUUGUUGCUGGAUACACUUGAACAAUUUUUUUUUCAACAAAAAUCUUUAUCAAAACACUCUGAAACAGCUAUGGAGCAGUGCCAUCUUGAUGUACAAAACCCACGUCCUCCAGACUAACAAUAAAAUAACUCUAGCACAUUUAUUUGUUUAAACCAAGAAUCAUUAGAGAGCUUGCACGAAAAAACCUUUCGUCGGUUUUGUUGACUUACCAGUGUCAUUAAGAGCUGAUGGGAGUUUAGACUUUACUGAGACGAAAGUUUGAUCUAACUUAUAAAAAAAAAGAAAAAAAAAGAAAGCAACUUGUCACAUCAUAUUAAUCAAAAACACUGAAAUGAAGAAACUGGGAAGUAUCUAGAAUUUAUGUGUAUGGUAAGGUAAAGUCAAACAGUAAAAGUGAAUAAAAAUGAAUUGACAAAAUAAAAUGAAAUAAAUGAAAGAAGCUAAUAAACCGUAAUAAUCAACAAGAAAAUAAACUGAAAAAACGAAAAUACUAUUACUACAGAUGGAAAGAGAAAGGAAGGAAUCGCAAAUACCUGUUGUGAAUUUCCCUGGGCUUCAGGUAGGCCAUCCCUUUACAUUUUCAGGUCCGGCUGUUCUCCUGACGUUACGAAUAUGUAUAGAAAAUUUACGUAUUCCGCCGCCCUGUUAGAUGAAGUGUCUUUGUAGUUUUCUUUAUCCGUGUUUGUGUGUCUUUCCUUUCGUGUCUUAAGAUGACGUGGCUUUGUGGCUUUCCUUU